GACAGCUUUGCCAUUGCUACCCCCGAUCCUCAUCCCAGCGCAUCUCUAUACCCUUGGAUCAGCAGCCUUGUCUUUACGAUGCGCGAGCAUGCUUUCGACCCAGUCAAGGAGCGCAUAUCCGCCUCAUACGUCCUCGGACUCUCCAAAGAUCCCUACAGGCCAUGCUCGCCAUCGCCCAAAGCACCCAAGCGAGUGAACUCUUACAAAGCCAUGAUGAAGCAACCCGGCGGCUUCCUUGAGUGGGUCGCUAGCGAUGGCCGUCGAGGAAAGCUUUCCGGCGCUCGGAAAUCCAGCACCGCAGCACCGGGCCUGACCAAGGAGAAUGUCGCCAAGGUCGACUCAACGCCUGCGGCAGGCGCUGGGGGUCUCUCCGAUCUGGGCGGAUUCGGCUUGUUCGGAAUGGAAGCUGGUUCUGUAAAGGCAUCUGUCAAGGACGGCUCCACAAAAGCUCCUGCUCCCGCCGAAAAUGAGGGCAAAAAGGGCAAAGGGAAGAAAGGCGAAAAUCCACUCGAAUUCACCGAGCAGCAGGAUGAUGCGCUCAAAGAAGCGAAGAUGGACCCAGCGGGUAUCUCGUGGAAGGAAGUUGCGGAGAAAGUUGGAAGAAUGGAAGGCCAUUGCAAGGGCCGAUGGAACCAGAUCAAGCCCCCUGGCUGGACCCCACCGAAAGGCGGUGGUAACGACAAAGGUCAAAAAGGGAAGAAAGGCGAAAAGCAACAGAAGAAUGAGAAGAAGGAUGAAGAGGCAGGCCUUACUUGGAAUACUGACUGGGCUGGUAAUGCCCCCCAGGAAUCGACUGAAAACGCAGGCGGUGUAACUUGGGGAGAAGGCAGCGGUAACACUAACGGCUGGGAUAACAACAAUGACGACACCGACAAGAAGUCUUCUGGCGCUGGAAACACUGGCGGUAACAACAACUGGGGAACCGGUGCCGAUUGGAACCCAGAUGCAGAUAAUAGCAGUGCUACCAAAGAUCAUAAACCUCCCAAGAAGGGAUCAGACAACGGAUCUAAAGGGGGAUCAAAAACCUGGGGAGGGGACGAUUGGAACAAGGGUGCAAGUAACGGUGGCGCUUCUCCGGAGUGGAACGGUUCCAACAAGGGAUCGAAUAAUGGUUCAAAAGCAGGGUCAAAGACAUGGAAAGACAAUGAUUGGAAUCCUGCUGGCGACAAUAGCAGCCCAGCUGCAGCAUGGGGUAAUCCAGAUAACGAAUCAAAUAAGGGAUCAAAAGAAUCGGGGAAUGACGAUUGGGUAACCCCCGGGGAUUCCAAGGAAGAUAACUCCAAAAGCGACAAUAACGACAAUAACAACGGAACUUCCUGGGAGCACAAUGCUACUACUUGGGGUGCAGAUAUUGCCAAAUCCACUAGAAGUAGCAACUCCAAAGGUUCCGCGAAAGGAGACGACCCUCCUUCAUGGAACCAGGGCUUCGAAGUUCCUAGUAGUGUAAAAGCCGCCAGCGAGAAGGGCAGCGACAAGAACAAAAAGCGGAAAUCCAAACACCGCUCUCGAGAACACCAUUCCCACCGCGAGCGCGACCACAAACAUCACUCAGACAAAAGAAAAGACAAGGAGACGGAGGAAGAACGUCAACACCGCAAAGAAAAGGAGAAGAAGAAGCGCGACAAGCACUCGGAGAGGAAAAACUCCAGAAAGCACAGGGACAGCGAAUCUUCUACUUCCAGCUGGCACUCAUCAUCGUAUUCUUCUUCCUCCUCGUCUCCCAGACAUAAGUCCUCUUCCUCCUCAUCCACUUCACCAAAACCAUAUACCGCUCACCCCUCCGAAAAACCCUCCACCUCACUCCUCACGAAACCCACGAUCCUCUACCCAGACGAAAACUUCACGCAUGAUGACCUCAGAUCCAUCGCAGUGGCCAUGCGUAACGACUGCAACGAUACCUUCACUCGGGUAGCAAAUUCCUUCUGGCAGUCAACAUCUCGCCGUAUCGAUCCGGAAGUCAUUGAGCGCAAGAUGACCGGAAAAGUGGAGCGCGAGGAGCGCGAAAAAGAGCGCGAAAAAGAGCGCGAAAAAGAGCGUGAGGAAGCCAGGCGUAGACAGAAGAUUUCGGAUCGUGAGAGGAUUGAGCAGCUUGAGGAUGAAUUGGGCAGGGUCAGGAAGUGGGAGAAGAAGUGGACGAAGGAGAAGGCGCGGGAGAGAGUUAGGCGAGCGCACUUUGGAAAGGAGGGCGAAGUUUGA